AUCAUAGGAAUCACAAAGGAAAAAGACCUUAUAAAUACAUGGAGUGUGGAAAGAGCUUUACUCCUACCGAUCAUCUUAAUUCCCACAAGAGAAUCCACAUAGGAGAGAAGCCAUAUCAUUGUAUGGAGUGUGGAAAGACCUUUACUUAUGGCAGUAGUCUUAAUUCCCACAAGAUGGUCCACAUAGGAGAGAUGCCAAAUAAAUGUGUGGAAUGUGGAAAGGGUUUUAGAUGGAAUUAUGCUCUUAACUCCCACAAAAGAAUCCACACAGGGGAGAAGGCAUAUCAAUGCAUGGAGUGCGGGAAGAGCUUUGCCAGGAAUUCCACUCUUUCUUGGCAUAGAAGGAUCCAUACAGUGUGAGAAGAACUUUGAAAGAAAAAUUUAAUAACUGCAUAGGUUUCCUUUUUUGUAUAGAAAAUGGAUUUCUUUCACAAUGCUUUCUGCUGGUAAAAUACAAAAUACUCAUUUCUCCAUCAGGAUGGAUGUAGACUCCACUGAUUGGGUAAUUUAAUCCCACCUGCUCAGACUAAGACAAAAAAACUGCCAUGCCUCCUUCUGGGUGUGACUUCCCCAGUUUUCUCUUAGUCUCGGUCUCAGACAAGGCGCUUUUUAGAAGGCUCCCUAGUUAAGCUUGAAUUUUCCUUUUGUUCUUUUAGACUAUUCAAAUUAAAAUUAGUUACCUUUAAAUUCAAAUUUGAUCAACCGAUUAGAAUAAUUUGGCUUUCACUUCCAAAUUAGGAAUCCUUGGAGAUUGCGUUGGGGGGGGGAUAAGGGCUCUGCCCUUCCUCCUCUGCAGCCCUUUGGGCUUUGAAAAGGGGAGGCUGCAGACUUUGUUCAGAGGGGAGCUCCCAUUCUGCCCGUCUGUAGCCUCUUUACAACUCCGACGAUCAGCUGAGCAACGGAGAUACUUCCAAAUCAGCCGAGCGAGAGGCCACAAGGAGACACUUAGCAUUGGAGAGAGAAUUCUCCAAGGCACAAAGACUCAGAUCCAGUGGGAC